AUGGAGCUAAUAGCUUUGGCCCUUCGAAGUGUCGCCCAGAAGCUCCGUCCCUACUUCCAAGCCCACCCGGUGAUCGUCCUAACCGACCAAUCCCUUCGCAACAUACUGCACAAGCCAAACUUAACCGGAAGAAUGCUUCAAUGGGCCAUAGAGUUGAGCGAAUUUGGAAUCGAGUUCCAACCCCGGUUAUCCAUGAAAGGCCAGGUGAUGGCUGACUUCGUGUUGGAAUACUCCCGAAAACCUAUCCAGCACAAGGAACCAAGUGAGAAAGAAUGGUGGACUUUGCAGGUUGAUGGAGCCUCCCAGUCGUCAGGAUCCGGCGUGGGACUCCUGCUGCAAUCCCCAACUAGAGAACAUCUGGAGCAAGCCAUCCGACUGGGGUUCCUCGCCUCUAACAAUGAAGUAGAGUAUGAGGCCAUCCUAUCCGGAUUGGACCUCGCCCUCUCUUUAUCCGUCUCCAGGCUUCGAGUCUAUAGUGAUUCCCAACUUGUGGUAAGGCACGUCCAGAAAGAAUAUGAAGCUAAAGAUGAGCGCAUGGCGCGGACUGAAAAUGUACGUGUGGAUGCUUUGGCAGGCAUAACUGCUUCCCUUCCCAUCAAAGAAGCCAUAUUAUUGCCUAUACAUGUGCAAGCCAACCCUUUCAUCACGGAAACCUCCACUUGCAAUGCCAUUGAGGCAAACCAAGCAGAUAGCAAAGGCUGGAUGGAAGUCAUCAUAGAAUAUCUCUGGACAGGCACUCUGCCCGAAGAACCCAAACAAGCACACAAGAUCCGGGUACAAGCCGCCAGUUUCACCCUGAUUGGGGGGCACCUGUACAAGCGAUCCUUUACAGGUCCCUACCUCAGAUGCCUAAACCACUCAGAGGUGCUGUAUGUAUUAGCUGAGUUGCAUGAGGAGGUAUGUGGAAAUCAUUCCGGCGGUCGAUCUCUGGCGCACAGGGCCCAUUCGCAAGGGUAUUACUGGCCUACGAUGAAAAAAGACGCGGCAGCCUAUGUCAAAAAAUGCGACAAAUGUCAAAGGCAUGCUCCCAUACUACAUGUGCCGUCAGAGACGUUGAAACCAAUUUCAGGCCCCUGGCCCUUCGCGCAGUGGGGCAUGGACAUAGUAGGACCCCUACCAGCCGUAGCCGCCCAGAAGAAAUUCCUGCUCGUUGCCACGGAUUACUUCAGUAAAUGGGUGGAAGCCGAAGCCUACGCUAACAUCAAAGAUAAAGAUGUCACCAAGUUCGUAUGGAAGAACAGCAUCUGCCGCUUUGGAAUCCCCUAA